ACUGCUCUAGCGGUGACGACGAGAGCGAUGAAUGUUUCAAGCAAAAAAGCAAAAAAAUCUGUUCAAAAUCGUGUGUAAAUGGACGUUGCGUGAACCUACCCACUGGUCAGUCUUGUGUUUGUCCGAAAGGCUUCAAGUUCGAUGAAGAGAACCAACAGUGUGAGGAUAUCAAUGAAUGUUUGGAAUUUGGCAUGUGUUCUCAAGGUUGUGUCAAUAUAAUCGGAUCUUACAAAUGCACUUGUGCUCCACUGUUUCGAUUGCUUAAGAACAAUCAUACAUGCACAACAUAUGGAUCAGAUGAUGCGAUUUUGCUUUACGCAGCCAGCAAAACGGUCAAUUGGUUUUCGCUGAAAUCCAAGCAUAUGAAACGAGUGGCUGAAAAUUUGAAUCAAGUCAUCGGCGUGAGCUAUUACGGUCAACAUGUUUACUGGACUGAUAUCUAUGCUCAAGUCGAAAGCGUCAUGAAAGCGAACAAAGAUGGCUCUGAAAUACAGACGCUAUUCACUGCCGGUUUGGGCAAACCAGAAGAUGUUGCCGUUGAUUACGUAACCGGCAACAUCUACUUCACGGACAAUGAUUUCCAACACGUGGCCGUGUGUAACAACGACGGUCGCUAUUGCAAAGCCAUCAUCACAGAGAAUGUGCAUCGACCAAGAGGCAUCGCGUUGUAUCCGCAAAAAGGUAAAAUGUAUUGGACCGACUGGGGAGUGAAUCCAAUGAUUGCCGUUGCAUCGAUGGAUGGCAAUUUCAACCAGAAACUUGUAAGUAAAGACAUUACCUGGCCAAAUGGCUUAACUCUCGACUGGCCAAAUGAACGGAUUUAUUGGGUCGAUGCAAAACCCAAAACGAUCGAAAGUUGCAAAUUGGAUGGAAGCGACCGAAGACUGGUCAUCAAAGAAAUAUCAAAGCAUCCCUAUGGAAUCGCCGUCUUUCAAGAUUCGUUGUACUGGUCCGAUUGGGAUUCAAAGAGUAUUCAGUCUUGCAACAAGUUCACGGGCAAAAAUCGAACAACAAUCAUUCGUGAUAGUGUAAUUUAUGACAUUCACGUCUUUCAUCCAGCCUUGGAAGGAUAUAGCGCAAAUCCAUGCAAAAACAGUGGAUGCAGCCAUUUAUGCCUGUUAAAUUCGAAUAGCUCGUAUACUUGCGAUUGCCCAAAAUACAUGGAGCUAACUGUAGACAAACACACUUGUCGAUGGACAGGCAAGCGAAAGAUCCUUUUGCUUGGCAUAGGAAAUCGUCUAGUCACAUUCGAACACCAAUCUUUCGGGCGACACGAAGACGGUGAAGGAAAGGUGCUGAAGUAUCGCAUUGAUAAAAUGGCAUACAACUCCAUUACCGGUGAUAUAAUCGUGGCAGAUAACUUGCGCGAAGCUAUCGUCCAAGUACGAAUGAAAGACUACGCAACGAAAGAGAUCGUCAAGGGGAACAUCGAUUUGAUUGUUGCCAUGACAUUCGAUGAGCUGGCCAACAAUCUAUACUGGGCAGAUCUCUUCCGCAGCACAAUUGAAGUAUAUUCAUUCAAUACUCAACACCGUGCUGUUGUGCAACACUUCAUGGGUGCGGGAUCUCCGAUUGGAUUGGUCGCACUUACAGAAGUUGGAAAGUUGUUUGUAGCGCUGAAGUCCGCGAAUCAUACACACAUCGAUAUGAUUGAACCAAAUGGACAAGGAGCUCAUUUCCAUGUUAUAGAAGAGGACUUAGGAGGUGGACCAAUUGCCAUGGUUAAGGAUCACGAGUUGAGUGAAGUAUUUUGGGCCGAUUACACAGAAUCGAAAAUAUCCUACACUAAUUACAAUGGGGAAGUUCAUCAUACGUUCUUAUAUGAUGUCGACAGACCAGUUUCAAUGGCAAUUGUCGGUGAUGAUAUCUUUUGGGCAACAAC